AUGUCAAUGACAAACGAGUCCAUCUGGGCUGCGAGCCCCUCCACCACUCGCGGGCAGGCUACCCAGUUGUCCUCGGACCCUAAGGGUGAGCGAUUGGCAUAUGCUACCAACAAAUCCAUCUUCCUGCGCUCGAUCGACAACCCCGCAAUCGCCCGUCAAUACACAGAACACAAGGCGCAGACUACUGUCGCACGCUUCUCCCCCUCCGGAUUCUAUGUUGCCAGUGGCGAUGCAGCCGGUACUGUGAGAGUGUGGGACUGUGUUGGAGAAGGCAUUACCAAGGGUGAAUACAGCAUCGUUAAUGGACGGAUCAACGACCUGGCUUGGGAUGGCGAUUCACAGCGUAUCAUUGCCGUAGGCGAUGGCAAGCAGCGAUAUGGCCACUGUAUUACUUGGGAUAGUGGAAAUACUGUCGGUGAAAUCUAUGGCCACACGCAGCAGAUCAACUCUAUCUCGAUCAGACAGCAGAGACCGUUGCGUGCUGCCGCCGCGGGUGAUGACAAGAAGCUGGUCUUCUACCACGGAGCGCCUUUCAAGUUUAACAUGGGCAUUGGUGACAAGCACUCCAAUUAUAUCUACGGAGUCGGAUUCAGCCCUGAUGGCUCGCACUUGGUCAGUGUAGGCGCAGACCGUAAGAUCUGGUUGUACGAUGGCAAGACUGGCGAGACUAAGGGCCAGAUUGGCGAGGGAGAACAUAAGGGUAGCAUCUUUGGUGUAUCUUGGUGCAAGGAUUCCCGGAAGUUUGUGACUGCCAGUGCUGAUCGAACUGUCAAGAUCUGGGAUGUGGAAGCUGGCAAGUCUACCCAGAGCUGGACUCUUGGAGAGGAGGGUGCAAUGGCUGUCCGUGACCAGCAGGUCGGAGUUGUUUGGCCCCCUGGUCGCAGCGACAACCUGCUUAUCAGUCUGUCUCUCAGCGGUGACUUGAACUACUUGGUUGAGGGAACCCCUGAGCCCCGCCAAGUGAUCUCGGGCCACCAGAAGAGCAUCACUUCUCUGAAUCAGACCACCGUGGAUGACAAAGAGACUCUGUGGACCGGUAGUUUCGAUGGACGAGUCUGCAGCUGGGAUGUUGCCUCGGGCACAUCGGGAGAAAUCGAGGGUGAAAGCCAUCCUGGUUACGUUGCUGGUCUGGCCCCUACAUCAGAGGGUGCUGGACGUAUCUACAGUGUUGGCUGGGACGACACUAUUCGCUCCAUUGAUGCCGCCGCUAACACCUACACCGGUAGCAAGUCCAAGCUGACUGGACAGCCCAAGGGCGUGGCGGCUGCCGAUUCCACUGUUCUGGUGGGCACCGCAGACGCUGUCGAGAUCUUCCAAGAUGGCAACAAGACUGGAGAGUACAAGCCUAAGUUCUCUGUCACCACAGUGGCAGCUCAUGGCACCGUUGCCGCCGUUGGAGUCUCUCGGGCCAGGCAGACAUCAAGGCUUCUCGCAACUCGAUCUCCUCUCUCGCUUUCUCUCCCCGAUGGUUCCCUUCUAGCAGUUGGAGACCUGCGCGGACGUGUUUUGGUCUACAAGGUUGCAGAUGGCAGCCUCGUUACUGACCGUUGGACCGCCCACACGGCACGAAUCACUUCGCUCUCCUGGAACAAGGCUGGAUCCCAUGUGGUCAGUGGUUCUCUUGACACCAACAUCUUCGUUUGGAGCUUAGCCAGUCCUGGUGACUGGAUUGAGCUGCAGAACGCCCACAAGGAGGGAGUCCACGGUGUCGUCUGGAUUGAGAACGGUUCAAAGAUUGCAUCUGCUGGUGCGGAUGCUGCUGUAAAGGUGUGGAAUGUUGAAGGCUUGAAAUAA